UACCUUAAUUUAUAAUAUAAGUUUGAUUCUUCAUAUGUUUAAUGGUAUCCAUGGAAAUAGAUAAGUUUCCUUUUAAUCAAUAUAUCUGUAAGGUCUAUAAUAUCAAAAUUAAAAGACUCGUUAGUCUACAAGUUACAAUUUGAAAUUAAUUAAAUUCAGUUUAAAAGUAAAAUGUCACAAUUUUGGCAUGCACACUGGGCCGAAGAUAGUUUCAAAUCAACAAGAUUGCAAAACUGGGAGGUACCAAGACAGCAUGCUGAAUGGCCUAGGAAACAUUGUACAACAACAAAAUUUAUAGCUUACUUAAAUGGACAUCUUUACAUUCCUUUCAAAACACGUAACGUCAUAUGGAGUAAUUUCAAGGGAACAUGGGAGCUACCAUUAAAAAUAGAUCGUCGUACCGCUGAAAUAUUAUCUAAAUCUACCGAAGACAAUAAUAUCUCAUGGAAUAUUCAUAACAAACAAUAUGAACAUUUAAUUCAAAACAGUAAUAAAUGCAAAAAUAAAGAAAACAAGGUUAAAGCAGAAAAACAUAAAGAAUAAAUCGUGGUAACUUUGAAAGGAAGACGAUACUAAAAAAAGUUUUUAUAUACCCUGUAAGCCUAUAAAGAUGAACAUUUGCACGAUCAUGCUCUUUCACAGUCGGACUCCAUGGAU